AUGGUAGACUCUAGCCCGCCUUCUGUUACUCUCCGCCAGGGACAUGUCAUUGGGACCCGAAAGGAGGAGACAACCCCGCAGCCCGUGGACGCGUUCCUGGGCGUUCCGUAUGCCCUACCCCCCAUGGGAGAAAGACGCUUCAAGCCCGCAGAAAAGGUCAAUGCCUCUCGCGAUACCAUCGAUGCGUCGAAGUUUGGUCCCGCAGCACCAGGAAAGCCAUUGCUGGCCAAUGGUCCAAAACUAGAGCAAAGCGAAGAUUGUCUAACUGCCAAUAUCUUUCGGCCUGCUGGGACUACUGAUUCGGAUAAGCUGCCGGUUGCAAUUUAUGUGCAUGGCGGUGCUUUCAAUCGUGGGGCGGCGUCGAUGCACAAUACUGCGUCUAUGGUCGCUUGGUCCGAGUCUCCAUUCAUUGGCGUCAGUUUCGGAUACCGCAUCGGAGCAUUGGGAUUCUUGCCAUCCACCCUCUCCAAGAAGGAAGGUAUACUGAACCUUGGGCUGCGUGAUCAAGUGCUUUUGUUCGAAUGGGUGCAGGAGAACAUUGGCAAGUUUGGAGGUGAUGCUGGGAAUGUCACACUGUUCGGUCUAUCAGCAGGAGCCCACUCGAUUGGCCAUCAUAUAUUGAAUUACAAUGAUCAUUCCCCACCUCUGUUCCAUCGCGCCAUCAUAGAAUCCGGCUCGGCAACAUCUCGCGCCGUCCGUCCCUACAAUGCGACAGUUCACGAGAGCCAAUUUCAAGAUUUCCUUAGAGCAGCUGGUUGCCCAUCUAACCUUCCCGAAGACGAAAUCUUCCCCUUCCUUCGCUCCCUCCCGAGUUCAACCGUCACCGACGCGCAAACAAAAGUAUUCGAUAAGUACAACCCUUCGCUCCGGUGGGCCUUCCAGCCAGUAAUCGACGACGACCUCAUCGCCCGAAAGCCACUGGACGCAUGGAACUCGAAGCUAUGGAACAAAGUCCCAAUUAUGACGGGAUACAACAGUAACGAGGGAACGUAUUACGUCGACAAAAAAAUGUCCAACCCAGCCCAAUUUCGUAAUUUCUGGAAGAACCUCCUACCAGAACUCUCUUCUACCGAUCUGGACACAAUCGAUCGUCUCUACCCUGACCCCAGCUGUGAUCCCAGUUCGCCGUAUGUGGAAACUAGGACUGGAUAUGGUCUCGGACCACAAUAUAAACGAAUCGAGGCUGCGUAUGGACACUAUGCAUACGUUGCACCUGUUCGCCAAACGGCGCAGUUUGCCUCGUCCCAGGGCAUGCCGGUUUACCUAUACAAUUGGGCAUUUCCCAAGACCGUUGUUGGUCGGGCAAACCAUGGGGAGAAUAUGGCCUAUGAGACCUUUGAUAGUGCCAUCACAGGGAUAUCAGAGUCGCAGAAAGAGCUAUCGGGUACCCUCCAUGCGUAUGUGACUAGCUUUAUUACGAAGGGCGAUCCGAAUGCUAUCUCGGGUCGUUAUGGGAGCCGGCCAGAGUGGAAGACUUAUGAUCCGAGUGAUGCACAUGUCUUGAUUUUCGGGCAGGGAAAUGAGGAGCUUAUCGGGGGCGAUACUGCCCCUGCUGCUAAGUUUGUGAAGGAUGAAUGGGCGAGAGAAGAAACGGAGUUUUGGUGGUCGAAGGUUCCGAUCUCUCAGCUUGCUUGA